GAAUCAAAGGUGCGGUGGGGCGCUAUUGUGGUGGGAAGCAUGCAUUUGUGUAUAUAGAAAUACACAUAUACGUGUGUGAGUGCACGUAUGUGUUCGUGCUGUUGCCCGUCAUUCGACGGAUGUGUCACUGCCUGCUCUACUUACCAUGGUUCACACAGUGCCUUUCGCUCUCUUACUGAUCAUCCUCCCUUCCCUUGUCGUGCUUCGGUUUGCUCGACACCAGGGGGAUCGCGAGGGAAAUGACGUCUGUUUCCUCGCACUCAUCCUCCUAAGCCACCGCGUCCUGUUCAUCCUCGUAUUAUUCCUCCUCGUUAUCCUUCUUAUCAUGUGUUUGCCCUCAUCAUCAUCAUCCUGUAGCUUCCUUCUCGUCAUCCUCCUUCUUCUCUCUCUCCUAUCCUCCUGUCCGUCGACUCCUUCUUUCUCGCCAUCCACCUUCCGCCCUCCAUUCCUCUCCCUCCACUCCUUGGAGGACACCAUCCGCCCUCCCUGAAGGACAUUCCGAAGCGCACAAGGCUGGCCACGAUGGAGGCGGGGUCGAGGCACGGGUUGGGCCAGUCAAUGCAUUGAUGUAGCGGUUUGGAUGCGUCCACCUAUACAGGGCGUCAUGCAACCGAGGUUUUUCAGGAAUUCCGUCUCUUGGGACAGGCAGCAGGAGUUAAUUUGAGGCAGGGCAGGUCCCAGAAGGCUCAGCUCAGCACAAGCGCGGCCAGGAUCUCAGGAUGAUUGUGUCAAAACCCAACGGCGUUGCCGCCAUUUCUGCUCAGGCUAGCUAGGCCACAAAAGUUCCACGUUACACGGCUAGGCGUUUAUGCUUCGUCUCGGCGAGGGGGGAAUCCAGUCUUAUCUCCACAUCCAUCGUUUCCCUCUUGUCCAGCCUCUCAUCUUCCGAGCAGUCUUGCGCUGCCCCGUUUUGCCAGAGGAGCUCGAGAGCCGGUUCCGCAACCGCAUACGCGAGCAGAAGUUGGAGAACGCGCGCAUCGUGAAGGCCAACGUGCCCUCAGUCGGCGGAGCAGUGGUGGACCCUAUCCAGAGGCACGUGGGCAGGCGCUUGCUGCGGCAGCGCGUGAAGAUCCAGGCGGGGCUCGAGGACGACGCCCUCCACCGGAACAGCGCGCAGAUCUUGUAUGAGUUCCUUCGCGGAGUGUCCAUCAGCAUUGUGAAGGAUGUGCGUGCCAAGCGGCCACGGCAGACGCAAGAGGUCUACUAUCAAUCGGGCCUGACGUCCUCCCACGACCCAGCGUGGGUGCAGCGACAAUUGGAGGUGCUAGCCCCCAAGCUGCGGUCGCAGCUCGCCACGAAGGUUAACAUGGGCCAGACGCCUAACAUCAAGUUCGUGCCGCAAGCCGCCUCGCAGGAGCUCAAAAGGACGGAGUACUUGUGGCAGUUCGCCAAGAAGCUGCAGGACGAGGCUCACAUGUCCCACCACCACCACCACCACAACGACCACCACCACCACCACGGCGCCACCCAG